AUGGAAUUUAAUUUCAUUGGUGAUGACUAUGGGCCAUUGUUUCACUACCAAUAUAGAGUUAUUAUAAUCGGAGAUUCAACAGUUGGCAAGUCAAGUCUUCUCAAAUACUUCACGGAAGGAAAAAUGGCAGAAAUUAGUGAUCCUACGGUCGGAGUCGAUUUCUAUGCACGAAUGAUCGAGCUUAGGCCAGGUUUCAGAGUAAAGUUGCAACUUUGGGACACAGCUGGACAAGAGAAGUUUAGGUCAAUAACUAGAUCAUACUAUCGUAAUUCCGUUGGAGUUAUGCUGGUCUACGAUAUAUCCAAUCGAACUAGUUUUGAAAAUAUUGCCGGCUGGUUACAUGAGGCGGAAGCCAAUAUGGGAGGGCCAAAUCCGGGAAAAUGCGUUUUUCAGCUGAUUGGACAUAAAUCAGACAACCAAACUGAAAGAAGGGUAGAUUAUGAAGAAGGAGAAUACUUCGCUAAAUAUCAUAAGAUGAAAUUUAUUGAAACAUCGGCAGUUACUGGGAAAAACGUAUUUGAUGCCUUCUUAAUGAUUGCACAAGAGAUAAAUAAACGUGUGGAGGAAGGACUCCUUCGCCCCACAGAUGGAUGGGAGGGUGUGAAAGGUGGUCUGAUGCGGAGUCAAUCCAUAAGUCUCUCGGAAAAGGAUUUAACUCCAAGGGAUCACUCAUGUUCAUGUUGA